UUCUCAUAUAGCUGCAGGUCAUGACUGAACGUCGGUGUCGAUCGUAAUGCACGUGGAACAUCGUAAGGGCAGCAGAACCUAGAAGUAUGGCUUCCACUGGAGAACAAGGGCCGAGUGAAAGUGUUGGUCACACGAAACCUCGUAUCUCCAUGACUGGUGGCCACCACACAUUUUCGCAUAGUGCCAAGCAAAUGACCUUAGAUCAUCUUGCGGAUGUGCGAGGCAGUAACCGCACACCCCCGCCAUCCCCCACAGUACCUUUGAGGAUUGAUGAUUGGAAUAGUGUGCAGCACGCUGUUGUUGGAAUGUUUCAAGCUAAGAAGCUCACAUGCGAGGAGAUGACCAUGCUCUGUGCAAGUAUUAGGAAUAUGUCAAAUUCUGAAGUUGGUCCACUCCUGUUUGAAUAUUAUCAGAAUAAGCUUUUAAUGAAGGGAAUGGUUAUACUACGGGAAAAGAUUAGAAAGAAUGAAGGUAUGGCGCUGAUAUACAGUAUUGGACACGUUUGGAAUAGUUUCUACAAAGAUAUUCUGUGUAAUCUUCAGCUGUUGUUUUACCCAAUUCCUGUGAAAGGAUUAACCAUUAGACAAACGACACUGAUAAGCUUCAGGGAUGUUGUUGUGCUUAAAGUAAAACUAUUUGACGCUUUAUUAGAAGCACGGCAAGAGGUUCCUGCAGCUGUAAAGCAAAUGCUACUAGUCCUACAGAGCGUCCAUGACUUUGACACAGUUCCACACGAGAACUACCUUAAACUUGAAUCGCUUGUCGGGAUGACGGUGAAACCUCAUCUUGGAUACAUGGGCCUGUACGUAGGACAAUCAGAUCCACUGAUACCCGUGGGUGAACUAGUCACAUUGCGUCCGGACAAGAAUGCUAAUGGAGCACCUAUUAUAUCAGGGGCGGGAAGCCAACAACUGAGGCCGACCAGUCUACCACCGAUGUCACUGAGUCAAAAGUCUGACAAAUCGAAAAUCGCAUUUCGUCGAAUGCCAAGUCAGCAUGUUCUUAAACUAGAGACGUUAGUCGAAAAUGACGACACGAAGGUGCGACGCCACAGUUUCUCUGAGCAGAGCAAGACCCACUUCAACUUUGAUACUACCAGCGAAUUUUAGCAAAUCUGUGUAAAUAUGUUAUUAUUUUAGAUGCAAAUAUAAAUAAACUUGCCAACAAUAAUUUUUACGUGACUCCUGACACGUGGAAUUUACGGAUCACGUUAAAACUCACUUCGAUUUGACACACUUCUGUUAAACCUUGGAAUGAUUACUCCAAGGUAAAACUAUCUGCGACUUUUCUUGCGGAUAUGUGCAGUGCCGUACAUUUAUACACAGUGUGCGCCCGUCUUCUGCGAGUCUAUAUCUAUGUAGGAUACCGUGUAGCUGCCGUAGCUAGCUGUUUGCUUACUGUAUGUCGUAGUAUGACGCGUUUAGACCUCAGAAUUUUGCGACCGAUAAUUUUUUUAACGUGAGCAAAUACUUAUUAACACGCUACGACGCUUUACAUCGGACCGAGCCGGCCCAUAUGUACCUACGAAUACCGAAUUUUGGUCUAUCUAAAGCCGGAUAAGCGCAAAACCGGCUCGGGCAGUCGCACGAGAAGUUUCUAAUAACAUUUGAACGUGUUUGGCAAGUCAGUUCGAUCCUGUAUCAACUCCGCAUGUAAAAAUUCACAUCAAUUUGGCACUGAAGAAAAUAGGACAGCUAUAGCACGUUGCGGUGACAUACCGAUACCAUAUAAUGAAUCACAUUAUAUAUAAUCAAAUGAAUGAUAUAUAUAGUGCCAAAGAUUAAUACAUUAUUAUUGAUUGAAUUUAGUAGUACAUAUAGUUCAGGUGCAGUAUAUAAUUACCUGUAGAGUGCGCAUGUAUAGUGUAUAUAUACGUAAAACAAUUUCAUACAACGCUGUUGAACUUCAUGUGUAUGAUGUGGCAGUGUCAUGGCAUGAGUAUGUAUGAUGGCAUGAGUUUCUAUAUAGUUUUCUAUAUGCCUUUAAAAUGUAAUUUUAAAUGCGGCGAGUCUUAAAUAUUUUUAAACUCGCACUGUGAAAUUUCUAGUAUUGCCUGUGUGUACACUUUACUCUCGAUUUAACAGAAAUGAGAAUGAUGUACGUGUUAGUAUUUGUUGACAUGAGGAAUUUUUUUUAUGUUGUCCAUGUCUAAGAAUUUUGAUUUUAAUAUGUUAA